CAUGAGCAGCAGCUGCGCGUCCCCCGCCGCCUCCCGCCGCCGCCUGCAGCGCCGGGAUCGAUAGAGGCGGGGGCUGCGGACGCGCCAUGGCCGGCAGCGGCUACACGGACCUGCGGGAGAAGCUCAAGUCCAUGAUGCCCUACCGGGACGGCCACAAAGGCGGCGGCGGCCUCCCGCGGGAGCCCCCCGAACCUCCGUACGACCGCAAGCGGCGGCACCAGGAGGACUCCGGCUCCGAGCCCAGCGACUACGAGGAGCAGAAGGAGGAGGAGGAAGCUCGGAAAGUCAAGAGCGGCAUCCGCCAGCUUCGCCUGUUCAGCGCCGAGGAGUGCGCCAAGAUCGAGGCGCGCAUCGAGGACGUGGUGUCCCGGGCGGAGAAGGGGCUCUACAAGGAGCACACGGUGGAUCGGGCGCCGCUGCGGAAUAAGUAUUUUUUUGGGGAAGGUUACACCUACGGGUCUCAGCUGCAGCGGCGAGGCCCCGGCCAGGAGCGCCUGUACCCGCGGGGGGAGGUGGACGCCAUCCCCGAGUGGGUGCACGACCUGGUGAUCAGGAAGCUGGUGGAGCACCGGGUGAUCCCCGAGGGCUUUGUGAACAGUGCCGUCAUCAACGACUACCAGCCGGGGGGCUGCAUUGUCUCCCACGUGGACCCCAUCCAUAUCUUUGAGAGGCCCAUCGUCUCCGUGUCCUUCUUCAGCGACUCGGCGCUCUGCUUCGGGUGUAAAUUCCAGUUCAAGCCCAUCAGGGUGUCGGAGCCCGUUCUGUUCCUGCCCGUGAAGAGGGGGAGCGUCACGGUGCUCAGUGGGUAUGCGGCCGACGAAAUCACACACUGCAUUCGACCACAGGACAUCAAGGAGAGGAGAGCUGUCAUCAUCCUCAGAAAAACAAGACUAGAUGCACCUCGAUUGGAAACAAAAUCCCUGAGUAGCUCUGUGUUGCCACCAGGUUACAAUUCUGACCGCCUGUCGGGAAGCAACCGGGACCAGAUCCUGAAACCAAAGCGGUCCCAUCGCAAAGCAGAUCCUGAUGCUGCCCACAGGCCACGGAUUCUAGAGAUGGAUAAGGAGGAGAACAGGCGCUCAGUCCUCUUACCAAAACAUAGGAGACGGAGCAACUUCAGCUCUGAGAACUAUUGGCGAAGGUCUUACGAGUACACAGAGGACUGUGACGAGGAAGAGGAGGAUGGCAGCCCCGCCAGGAAAGUCAAAAUGAGGCGGCACUGAGGAUUGCACUUCCCAGGCUCGUGGAGUUGAUGAGAUUGGCCUCCAGUCUGUGAAAACUUUCUCCUCCCUCUGGCUAUCUUCCAUCUAGCUUCAGUUUUGGUUUUUCCUUUCAGGCUGAAGAGUAAACAGGAAGGAUUUGGUUUUAUGAAUGGAGGAAUGCUGAGACAUACGUGAGGAUGGAACGUGUCCAGUGCACAUGGUGUCCUGAGUCAUGGGUCAAAUGGGCAUCUCUCCCUUAGGAAGCAGAUAAAGUUAUGCCAGGUUGUCUGUUGGGAUUUCUUUUGAAAACACCAAAAAGUUUAACUGUUUCAAGAAUUGUAUUUCUGUUUUGGUUUUGUUUUUUCCUUUUUUUUUUCCCUUUCUUUUUUUUUUUUUUUUCUUUAAAACUUUUCCUUUCUGAAUGUUCUAAAUAUGAUGUUUGACCCCAGGAGCUGAAAUUCCAUGGUGGGCUCAUAUUCCUUGUUUCCCCAAAGGGCUCCUUGGUCUUUUCUUACCUGAUGGUUGUUGGGUCUGUUUGAAGGGUGCCCUGCAGUAACUGGAAGUUUGAAGCUUUGCAGACCCCUCUUGCUGCGAUCGAUUUCAAAGGGUUUAGGACAUUUUUGUUGCACUUUAGUGUUUUAAAUGCCGUAGGUUUCCUUUCCAGACCCUUUUCCCAAGCCAGCGUGUCGCAGCCCUGUGUCCCUGCGCUGCCCUCUCCGAGAAGAAUGUACUAGAGCUCUGGUUUCUCAGUGCUGGUCUGACUGGGACUGUGCUGUGGAUGAGGAGGAAGGAAACUGGCCCAGCAUUGCCCUGAGAUCCAUAUUGGAAUCUCAGGGCUGCCAAGUGAGGGAUCACACUGAGCACGUGCUGCUUCCCAGAGCUGGGGAUAGCAAGGAGGAGUAGGAGACGCUGUGCUUGUGAGGGCUUGUGCCUUGGGACCCCUGAGAAGAGCCCUUCUCCACUGCCCCUUCCAGGUGGAGAGGGCUGAGUUGGUGCAGCAUUCGUGGCACAAUGUCCCAUCCCAAGGGACUGGCUGCACUCUGGUGGAGCAGGAACAGGAACUGCUGUGGCCUUGGGGGAGCUGAGCAGCUCUGUCCCCUCCGAGGCUGGCUCUGGGAGCAGGGACACUGCAGGGCUCGAGUUUGGCCCCAGUUCAGUGCAUCCAGCACUGAAGUUGCCUGUUUCUCCUGGUUUAUUCCUGCCUGUGUUCCUGGGGUAGGGAGUUUUCUGGUUGCUCCAGGAAAUGCUGAGAAGAAUCAGGUGUUCAGCCCUGUGGAGUUGUGUUAGAGCAUCUGCCAUCAUCAUCCUCUUCUCCACCUGGUUUGCAUUAGCCCAGACCAAAGCCUUGGUGUUUGAAAAGUUUGGGGCCCAACGCCAUAUUUAGAGCUGUACUUUUAAGGAAAACUUCCUCCAGUUGAUUCUUUGAACCCAAGUGUUGGCAGUUGCAAGGAGUAGUCUUAUUUUUAAAUUUUUACUGCUUUGCCCUCCUUCCAGUUGUAGUUUUUCUUAGUGUCGUGUCCCCCACACACUUCAUGGUCUGCACGCUUGGCAAUAAAAAGAUGUAAUAUAUUUUGAAACCUGUUUGCUGCUGUCUUGGGGGGGGCUCCUAGUUUAAAGCAACCACCCAGGUGGUGUUCCCUGCAGCACUGAUGGAGGAUAUUUGCUGACAUCUGGGUCCCACUGUCCUGUCCCUUCCCUGCUGAUUUUCACCUGGUGUUGGGGUUCUGCUCAGGCUGGAUCUUGUCACACGAGCUCAGUGGAUGUUGCCAUCACCCUCAGCACACUGCUGGCCUGUGGGGGUGUUGGUGGGUCCCACUAUCCAGUGGUUUUCCUGUUGAGACUGAAGGAACGUGUCUUGUCAGUCCAGAGAUCCGAAAGUUUGUGCUUCUGCUGCUUGUAAAACCUUGACAAUGCCGUUUUCAGACCACACGUAGCAUUUGAAGCGAUGUUCCUUGCCCUCCCAGCUUUCUGCUGUGAAUCCAGGCCAGCUCUUGGCUACAAACUCCCUGUUUUGGAAAGCUUGGCAUUCCCCUGAUAGCAAAACCACACGCAGGGAGCAGAGAUCCCUUCUCCUCCUGCUGGCUGUGUCUUUCUGGAUCCAUCCUGGCCAUGCCCCGUGCCCGUCGUGCUGCUGGGCUCUGCUGUGGGUGCAGACAGUGACAGAGGUCACUGCCAGAGGUCUCAGCUCUCCCCUCCUGGCUCCCAGUUUUAUCCCUACCUCUCCAGAAUAGAUACUCUACCCUGGUGUCAACUCAAAAUGAAGCUGGAGCAGCCAGCCUUUCCACAGCUGCUUCCCAGAGCAGGACUUCCAUGGGAUGAGGCGCUGGCUCUGUCUCUGGACACCCUGAGGAUCUCUAGCCUGGUCCCAGCCAUCACCUCAUCCCUUGUGCAGGCUGUACAUGUGCAAGUUUCCUUUCCCAGCUUGUUUUGGUAUUCCUGCAUGUCCUGCUCAGGAGCUUUCCCAGCUUCCCUCUUCUCAUCCAUGCAGUGGGUCAGAGCUGGCAGCCGUGGCUGAGGGGACAGGAGGAGCUCUUCUCCAGCCAUGAUCUUGGUUUUUAACCUGACUGCUUGGGGCUUGACACCUUGGAGAGAGGGGGAGCAGGAUGCAGGUGGGCAGAACCCACAGCAUCCCUCAGGAGAGGAGUCCCCAGCAUCCAGGCAGGGCCAUCUUCCCACUUGUACAGACAUUUUCUAUAGACACGGAUGUAUAUGUGUAGAUAACAUGGUUUUUUAACUCUUUUGCACUGAACAACAUCAGAGUGAAACCUGGAUUCAAAACUAGAAGACAUUUUUCACACGGAUCCAGAGGUCUGGAUCCUUCUGUAACCUGUCUGGUUGAAACUGUGGCUCAGAAUUCCUGGUUUUCUCUGUUGGGCUGCACACAGGCAUCAGGUCGGGCUUGGUGGCAUGGGGCUGGUGCUGAGCAGGGAGUGGGGUGAGCUCCAGUUUGGGGGCAAAACUUCUCCCAUCUGCCCCCCAGGCUGGGCUCAUGCACAUGUUGGGUUUGUCAUGUGUCUGAUCUGGUUGUGUGUGUGGUCCAACCUCUCCAUCCACCCACAGCGUGUCCAUGCUCAGCCCCAAACUGGGAGCUACAUCCAGCGUGACAAUCCAUGUGCCCAGACCCCCAGCCCAGACCAGGAGAACUGUCUUUCCUAAGGAAGGAGGAGGAAAGUGGGGUUCAUCCCUUCUUUUCUGCAAAGAGCAGGAGGAAUUGGGGUUUGUUCCUGUUACCGUAUCUCAAGAAGGGUCAGUGUGGAAUUAUCCAAGCCCGUGGAUCAAAACAGCUGCCAGGCUUUGAGGAGGGCUGGGGGGGGCUGGGGUCUAGACCCCCACCAGCAGCAAAGAAUUUUUUACCUGCCAAAAGUGUUCCCUUUCCCUGUUGUGAGGAGAAACAUUCACCUGGGAAAUGUCUCUGCUCCUUCCCCUGCCCACACUUAGAAGUUCUGGCUGACUUUAAUUUUUGUUUUUUAAAAGAUUCUAAUUUUUUUGUUACCAAUAAAAAUAAAAAUAAAAAAAAAAGAAAUAAAAAAAAAGAAAGUGGCAAUAUUUUUUUCUGUAAGCUUUUCCUAGGAAAAAGCGUGGUUUGUAACAAAGUUGUACAGUUCUGAAGUUUGAGAUACGAGAAGUACUGUGUGAAACGCUGUAAAUGGGGCAGAGAUUAUUUUAUGUACAGUCUGACGUGGGGGAAUCUUUUAAUUCCAGUUGAUUCUUAGGAAGAAUUUGGUUCUUCACUGUCAGGGUUUGGAAUUUCAUGGUUUCAUUAUUUUUUUUUUCUUGUAUAGAUUGCUGCAUUAAUUGAAUAAAAGCAGAAAGCAUC